AUCGUCAGUUGAGUUUUAACUUUUCACUAAUAAACAAGUAAAAUCAAAAUGCAUUCAGUUAAAAUCGCUUUUACGUUAGCUUUCGUCGCAAUUACGUCAGCUUAUAAUUUGGAUCACGGUUAUGGCAUUGAAGUGCAACAUGAACAGCAUUAUCCAGCACAUCAUGAAGCAGUCCAUGUCGAAGAAGGUCAUUCAGGUCAUGGCGGAUAUGGUGGGGGGGCUUACAGUGAUCAUGGCGUAGAAUCUUAUCAAAGUCAUGGAGGUGAAUCAUAUCAUGGCGGUGAUGCUUACCAAAGUCACGGAGGUGAAUCAUAUCAUGGCGGUGAAGCUUAUCAUGGAGGGGAAUCUCACCAUGGCGGAGAAGUUUCAUCAGACUAUGGACAUGAUGACCAUCUUGUCGAUUAUCAUGCAUAUCCAAAAUACAAAUACGAAUAUGGCAUCAAAGACGAGAAAACUGGAGAUCAUAAAAGCCAUUGGGAAGUUCGUGAUGGCGAUGUUGUGAAAGGAGAGUACACUGUCGAUGAAGCUGAUGGAACAAAACGUAUCGUCGCUUACACUUCCGAUAAGCAUAAUGGAUUCAAUGCCGUUGUCAAACAUAUUGGAGAGCCUUCUUAUCAUCAUCAUCAUUAGCUUUUCACUCGCCAUACCAAAUAUUAAAAAAAACACCCACAAUAUCAACAGACUUGAAAAAAUAUUUUUAAUGUUUAAUUAUUAAAUUCCAAAGUGUUUUGUUGCGUAAAACUUUUAAUUAAUAAAAAAUAAUAUUUCGAGAGAAAUGAUUUUUCUAUCAAAAAGAAAA